UUCAAAGAGAACCACAUCAUGCACAUGUCCAUGGUUUGAAAAAGAGAGCAUUCAGGAACACGGCGUGUGUUCUCUUCAUUUGCAGUUUGGUUUGUACUUGUAGCAAGGUGAUUUUCGUAACCUAACGAGGAAUGGAGUCGUCAUCGAGUUGUCGUCGAGUUGGCAUCGUUGGCUUCGGAAAUUUAGGUAAAUACCUUGCGGAUCAGAUCGCCGCCAACCCGGACAGUGGCUUGCAGAUUGCGUUUGUCUGGAAUCGCACGCCGGCUGCCGUUCUCGAUUCCGCCUAUGCCAGUGUGGCGCUGGAGAAGCUGGAGGACUUCCGGCAAAGGAAUGCUGAUCUCAUCGUGGAGGUUGCUCAUCCGGAUAUCGUGCGUGAUUACGGAGCCAUCUUCUUGCAGUCUGCAGAUCUUAUGGUAGGCUCCCCGACAGCGUGUGCGAGCCAAGCCACCGAGGAUGGGCUGCGGAAGUCAGCGCUUGAGAACAAGCACACGGUCUACAUACCAAGCGGUGCUCUCUGGGGCGCCAAUGAUAUCCUCAAGCUGGCCACGCAGGGAAAGCUGACGGCGCUAUGCAUCACAAUGAAAAAGCACCCGAAGAUGCUGAAGGUGACUGAACCGCUCCGCAGUCUGUGUGACAAGGUUACAGACACAGUCACUGAGCUCUACUCAGGUGAUGUCCGCUCUCUUUGCCCACUGGCUCCAAACAACGUGAACACCAUGGCCGCAGCGGCAAUGGCGGCACACAAUCUUGGCUUUGACAAAGUGCAAGGCAGGCUUCUGGCAGAUCCACAUGCUGCAGAUCAUGUGAUCACGGUGGACGUAACCGGUCCGAUACCUGCAUCAGGUGGUCUACCAAUGACGGUACAGACUGUACGCACCAACCCUGCUAUUCCUGGCGCUGUCACCGGUCUCGCUACGUACAUCUCCUUCUACAGCAGCCUGUUACUUGCUAACAACCGUCCGGUGGGAGUGCAGUUUGUCUGAGCCAAUCUUUCAAGUAGUCGCUCACAACUCAAUAGUUCAUGUUCGCGGCACGAAGCCCACUGCCGAGGCCCAGAACUGCACAAUCUCCGGGACGGCAAUUGAAUGUGGUCCUGUAGCGCGGGCAGUCGUCUAGUGUUUCAAGUGUUUCAAGUGUGUGUGUGUGUCUGUGUGUGUGUGUGUGUGUGUGUGUGUGUGUGUGUGUGUGUGUGUGUGUGUGUGUGUGUGUGUGUGUGUGUGUGUGUGUGUGUGUUAGUUUUAGCUUGUCUGCGUGAACAACUCCCUGCUCAUCACACUAUCUUGCCUGGUCUUCCCCGGCAAUAUAUUGUUUUAUCGCCGCUGGUUCGGCACCCUAACCUAUUUAUUUUGCAAGCAGGUCUGUGUCUCCGCGUGGCUUUGUAUAGAAUCUGCUGGUAUCUGCUCUGUUUAUUACAUGAUGACCAGAGUAUGCUGCCCUUUUUGCCUUUGACUCUUGGCUAUUAUUUUAUCUGCCUCUCUUACUUUGCCAUCUGCUAUUAAUUUAUAAACCCGCUUUUCAUGCUGUUUUCGCUUGCCCCGCAGUGUUUCGCUGAUUGCGUUAUUUAUUCCUGCGUACGGAAGUUCAGUUUAGCAAGCUGUGCUUGCUUGCUGUCAACCGCUCUGUUUCUUUCUCUCGAUGCUACCUCAGGUUGUCCACAGUGCAGUCGACUUGCGCUCUUGCUCAACAUCUUGCUGUUGAUGCUGCUAA